AUGGGUGUUCAGAAAAAGACUCGCAAGUUUGCGCUGGCCAAGCGAGCUAUCUCCAUGCGCGAUAAUCGCCUGAAGCAAAACCAAGAAAAGCCAGAUAAAGCCAAAGCCGCAAAGGAUGAUCUUGUCAGAGAAGCGCUCCUUCGUCAAUGUUCUUCCAAUUCAACACAGCCCUUGCCCCCCCCAUACUCUGUGCUGGUCGAUACCAAUUUCCUUUCCCACACCAUUCAGCACAAACUCGAGGUGAUCCCAAGCAUGUUGGAUUGUUUGUAUGCCAAAUGUAUACCGAUCAUCACAGAUUGUGUACUUGCCGAGUUGGAAAAACUCGGCCCGAAAUACCGACUUGCCCUGCGUGUAGCCAAAGACCCUCGAUUUGAGCGAGUCAAGUGCGAUCACAAGGGAACCUAUGCAGAUGACUGUCUAGUUGACCGCGUCAUCAAGCACCGUGUCUACAUCAUCGCUACAAACGAUCGUGAUCUCAAGAGACGCAUUCGCAAGAUUCCCGGUGCACCCAUCAUGAGUGUCGCUCGUGGAAAAUAUGUGAUUGAACGACUUCCUGAUGCCCCCGAAAAAUGA